CUAAAGAAUGAUGACGACCUUAUCGUCAAGCGCUCAGAUAAAUGCAAGGGAUUAGUCCUUUUGGAGAAAUCAGAGUACGUACACAAGACUGAAACUAUAGUGAAUGAUUAUCAGCCCAUUGACAAAAAUCCAACCAAAAAACUAGACGUCGAGACUUCUGACCUCAUCACCGAGACUUUGGCAGGUAAACUACCCGACAAAAUCAUACACGCUCUAAAACCUAACGAGUCACGCACGGCAGAACUUUAUGGACUUCCGAAAACACACAAACCAGGCAACCCGAUGAGACCCAUAGUAUCAGCAUGUGGGGACCCAGUUGACAAGCUCUCGUGGUUCCUAGAGAGAAUAAUCACCCAGCUUCUGAUCCUAGUACCAGCCCACUUAACUAACACCUAUGACUAUUUGCAACACCUGAGCACUCGAUUCCCUUCUGGCCUCCCACCCGGUGCCAUCGCAUUCACAGUAGACGUGAACAAUCUCUACGGUAACAUCCCCACAGCAGAAGCGAUAGAGGCGACUAUAGCUAUGCUACGUACCCACUCGUCAAAGGUGAACUUAUAUGGUCUCACCAUCCCUGAUGUGAAAAAAUUACUUGAGCACUGUCUGGAAAACAACUAUGUACGCUUCGGUACAAAAUAUUACAAGCAAACCCAGGGGAUAGCUAUGGGAAGCCGUAUAGCCCCUCCCCUGGCUAUCCUCUUCAUGAACGCAGUAGAAACACGCAUACUAGCAUCGGAUAGACUACAACCUGCACUUUACCUUAGAUACAUCGACGAUAUUUUUGGUAUUUGGACCCAUGGCUCGCAAAACUUAGAUGAAUACAUACAGUUCAUUAAUAGCUUCCAUCCUUGUCUAAAAUUCAGCUUCGAACGCACCGAUCUCUCGUCACAAAGACAAAUUCCCUUCCUUGAUACACUAAUCACUGUAGAACCCUCAGGAGCAUACACCACAGAACUUUAUGUUAAGCCAUCAGCAGCCCCUAUCAUAUUACAUUUUGACUCCAGCCACCCUAUGCAGACCAAAAGGAGCCUCAUACACUCUCAGUCGCUUAGAGCUGUUCGUUUGGGGUCUGAUAAAGCAGCACAGGACCGGGGUCUACAAAAAAUAACGGACAUAUUCAUUUCCAGCGGCUAUCCGAUUAAACUGAUUCGUAACAUACAAAACGCAAUCAGAUAUAAAAACAAACAAUCUCAAAAGAAAAAGUCUUCUCCCAAUAUUACCUACAUAUCUCUACCUUACAUUGACGAAACCCUCACACGUAAAGUCAACGCAGCAGUGAAGUCCUCAGAUUUGGAUAUUCGAGUUGCGUGGAAAAGCGGACCUACACUCUCAAAUCAACUGACCUCGUCUGCACUGCAACCCCCUGAUUGUCCCAGGGGGUGUCGUAAGACUUGCAGUACGUGUGAGGGUGGCCUCAAAGGUAGAUGCCAUACCAAAAACGUUGUGUAUGAGAUUAAAUGUAAAAUGUGUGGAGAUACAUACAUUGGUAAAACUAAACGCAUGGUGAGGACUAGAUUUAUGGAACACUUGGGAGACGCUAGGAACAAAAGGAAAGGUACUGACCUAGGUGAUCAUAUACUGACAGCACACCCCACAGCACAACCGAUGAACACUGACUUCGAAAUUUCUAUUCUUCAUAGAUGCAAGGACGAAGCGAACCUUUUAAUAACUGAAUCAAUUGAGAUAAGAAACAAAAAACCAGCACUUAACAAAAACACAUCAUCAUGGCGCUUACUCCAUCCAGUUCCCUACACAUCAUCAUAUGCACAUUAGCGCUUGUUCCUUGGCUUGUUCUGUUGGUAGCGUUAUAUGACACCGAUACCUACAUAGUAGCAGUAGUUCCUUUCGUGUCUAACAGAUGGCUCCAGUAGGCAGCGCCUGUAGAUAUGCUGUACCGCCGAACACUGAUUAUGAUUGGGUAUUAUAGGUCAUUGUUAGCUGUGAUUUAGAAUGAUGUGUAUGUAUUAGUGUGCGCGUAGUACGAAUUCUGAGAUGGAAUGAUAGCGUAAUUCGCGUAGUACGUAUUGUGUUGUCGACUGUUAAAUAGGUAUACGUAUUUAUUAACAAAGACAAAUAAUAGCGCGCAGUACGCACUUAGGGGUCGAUCUUAAAAUUAUUAUUCGUCUAAAUCUCAAGAUAUCUGUUAAUCCUUUCACGAUAUUUAUUGCAUGCGCAUGAUUUGUGUCUGAGCUUGGCCUGCAUCUCUGUGUUCUAUUUGUUGAAUUUACCUAUAUGUAUCCGAAGAAGCCCCGUGGGUGAAACGUAAUACAACUAUUCUAUCAA